AACUGGGAGAGCUCAAGUUUCUUCACUGCGGCGCAAAAGUUUUACCGUACGGAUCAAGCAGUGAGCUGUGCUCUCGCGUUCUGUCAUCGACGGCAAAAAAUUGAACAAUCAGUCGAGAAUGGCACGUGCCCAGAUAAACGACAGGACAUGUUUUCAUUAGACAAGACCGUUUUAGAUCCAGGUAUCUUUGUCGUUCGUACCGCCGAAGAAAUCUUAAAAUUUAACGUGUCGUUCCGAGAAACCUUAAUACCUGGUCUGGCCCACAUACAGAAAAUGUCCAAGAUAAGUGGCUAACAACACUACAACAGUCAAGAGUCACUGUCAAGGAGUCCGCUACAACUAGGAGGGAAUCAAAGGAAUAAAACGCAGGCGUUUUAUGUAAGCUGGGUUGUUGAUCGAGGACUGGACUGGGCCUAAACCAAUAAGCUAUAAAUGCCAGUGGCGAACCGAUGAAGCAUGAUAAACCCUAACAUUUUGCCCAGUGCUUAUUGGCGCGAAGCAAGCAAUUACACGAUCUUUUUGCCUUCGCCUCUCUCUGUCAUUUUCUUCUCUGGCUUUGGCAAAAUGACGGAGAAGAAGAAGCAGAAGCAGAAGCAGAAGAAACUGAAAGAUACCGAAAAUAAAAGCGAAGAAGAGAAGAAGGUAGUAAAGGUUCAGGAGGAGGAGGAGAAAUGUAAAGAGAAAGCAGAAAAACAAAUUAACAACAACAGCAACAAGAAGAGGAAACGCAAAGAACUUUUUCCCUUCGGCAAUUACAGAAGCUACUAUGGCUAUCGUAUUGGUCAAGACAUGGAAGAAGACCCUCGACUUAAGGUUUUGAAGAAGGAAUGGUUUGAAGGCAAGGAUUGCCUGGAUAUUGGCUGUAACAGUGGCAUUAUCACUAUCGAGAUUGCCAAAAAAUUCCAUUGCCAUAAAAUCCUUGGGAUCGACAUUGAUUCUGGUCGAAUUGAAGAUGCGAAGUGGCACUUGAGAAAAUUUGCGAGAGCUGCACAUGUUGAGAAGAGCAGUACAAAGGCUUCCAGACCAGAGGCCACAGGGGAUGGAAAUGGUUCGCAGCACUGUGCAACUUUGUCCUCUGUUGAGAGAAAAGAGAUUGCAAGGGAUGGUUUGCAUUCUGAGGAAAGAGAUCUAUCUGAUAUAGUUUCUUUCCGAAAAGAGAACUUUGUUACCAGUUGGUCUCGGUCAGAGGAGCAGUAUGAUACAAUUCUUUGUUUGAGUGUGACAAAGUGGAUUCACUUGAACUGGGGUGAUGAUGGAUUGAUUACUUUAUUUUCAAGAAUAUGGAAGCUUCUUCGUCCGGGUGGCAUUCUAGUGCUGGAACCUCAACCGUGGCGGUCAUAUGAAAAAAACUAUCAGGUUUCUGAGACAACGGCAAUGAAUUAUCGAACAAUCAUACUCCGUCCAAAUCGCUUCAAUGAAAUUCUUCUAGAUAAGAUUGGAUUCAGAAAGGUUGAGGACAUCACUUCAGCAUUAUCUGGUAGCAAAGCUGGAUUUGAUAGGCCCAUUUUCGCAUACUACAAAUGACGAGCGCAGUCAGACCUGAUGUAGGCAAGCUGGUCUUUCUCCAUUGCUCAGGAGGUCAGUUGAAAUUUUUGGGGUGGAAUCAGUUAAUUUUGUUAAUGAAGGAUGACUUAAUAAUCAUCAUGUGGAAUUGCAUGGAAGCAUUACCUUUCUUGUGGUGAAUGUCAUCGAUUCUCCCGAGGGCCACCUAACCCGUCAAUUUGGGAUCCACGCUGGCGGGCUGAAUAGGCACACCCCUUAAAGUUGAAGUGGUAUGAUGCAAUUUUGUAUAUAUUCUAAUUUAUCUUCAUUUGUGUCUAAGAUAAGAUUUGUUGAAUAUUAUGUUUUUCACUGUUAUCAUUUGCAAGCAAUGAGAGAUGGGUAUCAUGGGUUGAUAUAAUCAAA